CAUCGCCCUUUGUUCCGACAGUAUUCUUCUAAUCGGCGAAGAGUAAGAAAAGCUACCGAAAGAGGAGAGAAAGAGAGAGAGAGAGAGAGAGAGAGAGAAAAGGAGAUAGAAAGAGACAGAAAGAGACGACGACACAGUAGAUGGAACGGCAGACUUCAAUGGAAGACUCCAGCUAGCAAAAUGUCAACCCGGUCGCAGCUCACGAAGGAUUUAAACGAAUCGGUGAAAGCGCUACUCGGCAAGCAUGUGAAGAUACUAUUAAAGAACGUGGUGAAAUUGGAAACAAAGCAGGAUAAACUGGAAAAUCGUGUUCUUGUAUUUUCGCCAUGUCGCCUCUUUCUCUUAUCGGCCAAAGUACCCACAAGAAUCGACUGCCAUUUUCAUUACCUAGAGAUAACGGCCAUAGAGUCGAGGAGAGCAAAUCAGCUAUGUUUGACCGUUGGAGAACGAUAUUACAAUUUUACCACAAACAGCGUCGGCGGGGAUACCACGGAAGUGGAUGCUAUGAUAGAGGCCUUACAUACGGCAAUUCGAAAUAUCUUUCCUACCGUACCAUUAAAUUACAUUAUACGAAAAAUAGAGGUAAUACCAGCUAGCAGACUGCAGAGUAUACGAGGGAGCGAAUUAGCUAGGAGCACAGAAGCCACAAGACAUACAGGACCUUGUGGUGGUUUCUCUACUCAGUAUGCAUGCAUGUGUGACUUGCAUAGUGUACCCUACAGGGAGGAAGUGGCCUGGGACGUCGACACAAUAUACCUUUCGCAUGACACCAGAGAAUUGAAUUUGAGAGACUUUGAUCAUCUAGAUCAGAAGGACUUGGUGCCAAUUAUCUCGGCCUUGGAAUAUAAUACCUGGUUUACAAAAUUAAGGGCGUCCCAUCUUAAACUGAAUCAUGAGCCUCUUGAGAGACUGUUACAUAUUAUGCGAAGAUCUUUAUCUAUUCAAGAGCUUUAUUUGGAUAAUCUCGGAAUUAAAUGGGAUUUUGCUCACAAAUUGUCGUUAGCCUUGAUUUCUAACGCUAACACGAUGCUGCAAACGAUAGAUCUGUCGCACAAUAUGAUCGAAGACAAAGGAGCCUCUAGCUUGUGUGGGAUAAUAGCCAAGUUAAUGCAAGGUGGUACUCAUCUGAGCGGUCCUAUUGGCAAGCUGCCUAAAGGUUUACAAAAAUUGAAUUUGGCCCAUUGUGGAUUAACCGGGAAAGGUAUAAGCCAAAUAGCGCAUGCAUUAAGUUUGAACAGAAGCAUGCCAACUAGUUUGCGAUAUCUGAAUCUUUCGGAGAACACCUUAAAAGACGACGUCAAUAAUUUGUGCAAUUUUUUGGCGCAACCUAAUAGUUUAACACAUCUAGAUCUUAGCGGUACAGAUACUACUUUAGAAUGUUUGUUUGGUGCAUUAUUACGGGGUUGUGCAACUAAUCUAGUCCAUCUAAACGUUGCCCGGAAUUCUUUUUCGAGCAAGAAGACCAAAGAAAUACCUCCGAGUUUUAAGCAAUUUUUCACGGCAACUCUGUCGUUGAAGUACUUAAAUAUAUCUUCGUGCAAAUUACCAUUGGAGGCAUUAAAACACCUGCUACUCGGUCUGGCAUGCAACGAAAGUACAGUUGGCCUAGAGCUUGACAUGAGCGGAAAUAAUUUGGGCUCCAUGGGCGCACAUGUUCUAGAAUCCUGCAUUCACGGAGUUCGAUGUAUAGCAUCGUUGGAUAUAUCAGACAGUAAUAUGGAUGUUGAUUUGGCGCAAGUUAUAACAGCAGUUGGCAAAAAUAAAUCGAUAAAGCAGCUUUACAUGGGACGUAAUACCGCCAGUAUGAAAAGCAAGCACAUAGCUGUCGUGAUGGAUGCCUUGGUGCAAAUGCUCCAGGAGGAUGACUGCGUCCUUCAAGCGUUGCAUCUACCUGACUCCCGAUUGAAAGGCGAUCUCUAUAACUUGAUCAACGCUCUUGGUAGCAAUACAUGUCUUCAUACCUUGGAUAUUAGCGGCAAUCAGAUAGGUGAUCCUGGUGCGAGAUUGUUGGCGAAAGCAUUGCAGAUUAAUAAUCAUUUACGUACCAUUAUAUACGACAAGAAUAACAUCACGUUACAAGGCUACGCGGAUAUCGUUCACGCUCUAGAGAAAAAUUGUAGCGUACGGCAUAUGCCAUUUCCAAUUUACGAUCUGCAACCCUGUAUGAAAACCUCUACGGAAAAAACGGAACAGUUAGCCAAGAGGAUACAAGAUCUGCUGCAAAGAAAUGUUACACCGUGCAAAUACAGCCAUGGGCAAGCAUUCAGGCUACAACAGGGAUUUCUAUUGAGUUCCACGCAGCAAAUGGUCGACAGACUCGUUGUUCAAACUCAGGACACUAUCAAGGCCCUCGCAGCGGAGAGCUGCGACGCUAAUAACGAUAUCAAUUAUGCCACUGGACUUAUACAAGACGCGGAUAAUUCUAAACAGUUAUUGCCAAGAUUACAUGAAGUGCUUCAAAGACGUGACGAGAAUAAUCCGAUUGAACUAAAGUUACACGAUAUGGCAAAUGAACUUCAUAAAGUUAUAACGGUAUAUCUACAGGAUUCUUUGGAUGCGAUGUUAAAGUGUGCGAAUGAGCAAUGUCCUACUAUACUUUCGCAAACAGUGAUCAGAGGUGAUGAAAGCGAACCGAUUGCGGUGCAAGAUGAUCUUCGUAAUACCUGCAAAGAGAAAAACCAAAUCAACAACGAAUUUAUACAUACCACUGUUACUGAACAAGCUGGUGCAGAUAUUGUUAAUAGAGUCAACGAGCUUAAUUUAGCAGUUGCAGCGCAUAUAUCCGACAGAAUUACGGACGAGGUAAUCGAGUCAUUAUCACGAAGUUAUAAAACUUUGAUUGGCGAUUGUGAUAGCCGAACAAGAAGCAGCACACCAGAUGUUUUACGACCUAGCGCUGGCUCGAUGAGCAGUGGAAGUGUGAUAGGUGUGACUAGCGCGAGCGGUAUGUCCAUGACUUUACCUCCUGGUAGAGCCAGCCUGGUGUCUGAAGAAGACGGUCCGCCGGAGACAUGUUCAUUGGCAGAUUCCAUUGGCGUCAGCGAUCAAUCACCAAUGAAAUUGGAUUAUCUUAAUCUGGCAACACCACAUCUAUCGAACAAACGUAAAAGUCUGCACGGAAGGAAAUUGAGACCUAAAUCCGUAGUGGACUCGGUUGAAGGAUUAUCCGCCGAUGAUAUACCAGAUCUUUUGCCGUCGUUGCCAAAGAGUCAAGCGGAAGCCAUCUCAGAAACCGAGCACUCGUUGACAGAGUCAUUAGAUUCCGUCUCGGAAUUGCCCAACACCGUGGGCCAACAGUUGCAGCAUCUGGUCAAGUCUAGACCGCGCAGAACGAAAACGCGAGCACCCACGAGGCCGAUGUUAAGACCGGAUCAACCAACCGACGGUCUCGCCCUAGGUGAAGGUCUCGACGUGUUUUUCCGACCUACUACGCCUACCACUCCUUUGAUUUCGCCUACGAGCGACGACAGCUCUUUACAUACUUUCCCAACGGAUGGCAGUCCUAAUUUAUCGCUGACGAGUCACAAGAGCAUUCCACCUGAUAUAGAAAAGAAGCACAGUUGCAAUUCACCGAUGCUAAAGACGCUUUUGGAACCGGCGCCACGUUCGCGAUCCAGCGACAACUUGGAAAAAUUUUCUCCCCUCGUUGGUAGAAGAUCACAAGGUGAUUCUCCGCUUACCGCUUCACCGCUCGCCCGGAGAAAUACUACAGACAGCGCUCAAGCUCACGAGAGAACGAAAGGCGAGGCUUUCGUGAAGGAGACUUGUAACAGCGCUUCCACGAAUGACGGGAGCGACGAUUCUAAGCGCAGCACACUAACAAACUUAUCUAAUAUUAGUCCGCGUGGCUCACACGACAUCGAAGACGCUUUUGGAGCGAGUACGUCGGAGAAAGACCAAGAGAAUCGUAAAAGUGUCGUGAAGAAGUCGACCUCUGACGCAGAAAAGUCAUCCUCGUCCGUCAAACUACGAUCGACCGGUCAUGAUCUAAGAAGUCCGAUAAACGGUAAUAACAGUAGCACCAAAAGUACAUCCGAUUCGGCCAAGUCUCCUGUAUUGAAACCGUUGAAGAAUAGCGGGCCUACGAGCGACGGAAAGAGCAACGGUUCACUCGUGAAAAAUAAGCCUACUCCACCAGCGACGGCGCCUAAACCACGACCAUGGAGCAUGGCUACCGAUAGAAAAUCCGGAGAAUUUAGUCUCUUAAGCGAUGGUUCUAGUCCGAACACUUCAGCCGGCAACACGCCUGAUUCUGGCGACGCUCUCGAUGAAUCUACCGACAGCGGUGUCAGCGGACCGGCUUCUUUGCCGCCGACAUUAUCGGCGAGCAGCACUACAAGUUCGUUGAGCAAUACGAGCGUGGAGAAGAGAUCGGUGAGGGAAUUGGCAGCGAGCUUGAAUAAGAGCAAGACGGAUAGGAAGGAGAACGAGCAUGCCACACCUGCAGCAUGGCGGUCGUUACUCCAACGUUCUGUCGAUCGAGCAGAUGCCAAGGCAACGGAAGUGCCGAAAACGGUUGAAGAGAGUCGUCUCAGCUUUAAGCUUCGUCGCACAUCAUUCUUGCGCGAUUCAAAUUUCAAUUACAAUAACAACGAUGUAGUUGAUGUUUGAUUGCGCUCGGACGGAUGAUCAGCGUUGCACCGUAGGAAUACUUUCUUCCGUAUGCUGAUGCCGAAUAUUUGGCACAUGAGAUAACAGUACUUUUGUCUUCGUGCCAUAGAAAGUCUUAUUGUGUAUAUAAAUAAAUAUAUAUAUAUAUAUAUAUAUAUAUAUAUAUAUAUAUAUAUAAAUCUUGUGACCGGUUUUAACAUUUAGAGACAGGGUACUGAAAGUUUUUACAGCAACUAAAAGUACUAAUCUGUUGUUAAGGUGGCAUUAGAGAAUCUUAUACUAGUUUUAUAUGACGUCGCGUAUUUACACGCAGCCGUAAAUUUUGACUUAGUCACGUACUCACGUGUUAUCUAUAUACGCUUCAUAUAUAUUUCUUGUACGAAGACCAAUUAUUUUUAACCGCGCGUCUUGAUCUUUUUUAUUAAGAUACUUGACACUUCCAGUGAGAUUAAGCCUCAUUCCGUCGGAUCCUUGCCGAGCGAUACGUUAUAAUGCCACGUAAAGAUUUUAACGAAAGUGUUCUAUUCUUUGAAGAUUUCUUUCCGUAUGUUUAUACGUACUUCUAUAUUGUUUGUGCAUUUCAACAUCGAGAAUGUCUAGAAUAGAGAUACAAAUGAAACACAUCACAAUUACAGUAAAAUAGGCUAAAUCGUUUUUCCGUAGGAUGUUGAGAGUAACGGCAGUUGGUGUGAAAUAGGAUAACACGUUGCGUAAAAGAAACGUAAGUGUCUUCCAAAAUCGUAUAACAAGCUGCAGCAAUGAAUCUCGUGCAUACGUAUUCUUUCAAAAAGCAACGUCCAUUAUAAUAUUUUUUUCCUCGAGUGCGAUAUUAAUCUGUGAUUAAUUCGUAGAAAUAAAUUUAAAGGAGAUUUAGCCUAGUUGAAGUUGAUACACAACAAUAUGUUUUAGUAUCCAUAGAAAAGUGUAUUAGGAGGUGAAUUUUUCAGCUAAAUCUUAGAUGGCAGCUUUUAUUGUAUUUAUUACUUAUAUUUAUGCAGCUAAUAAUUUUUUUUGUGCCAGACGAUGAAAUUGAUCGUAUAAAACGAGAAUUUAUCUUUAGCGCAUUCAAUUUAUGUUACUUUAUACGCUUGGUAUUAAUUUUUAUAAAAGUUCCGAUUCGAUCUCAACUUCUGACCCAUCGUGAUACUUUUCUUUUUUACUUUGAAAAUUUAUGAAUUUAUACUAACCGCAUAAAGCGUUAACAAUCAUUGUAAACGUAAAAUUUAUUGUAGAAAAUUUGUAUACGCAAGCACAGCGUUGCGUUUUUAAUGUUAUUUACAGAGAUUGUAGAAUUCUAGAUAUAUCUCGCCAUUCAAUAUUGGAAUAGGAUUAACAAUGCAAGAUUAUUUAUAAAGAUACUUUGCGUCGCGGAUUUUCAGAGGAAAUCUUUUUAAUGAAAACAUUCUUUAUAGACGUUAGAUUCAGUAUGAAAUUUAUAUAAUCUCGUAUUGAAAACGUACUUGCCCUUUUAUAUAGCGACAAACGCGUGUACAUAUACAUGUAAAAAAAGACUUAUGUAUAAUAAUGAUGAAUGAAAAAAUUCAUAGAGAGUCCGUGAUUCUUAUUGAUCAAAGUGAAGUAACGCGGGAAAAGGAUCGAAACAUCUAUUGUGAAUUUUUUACCACUUAAUUAUCAUCACGUAACAUUGAUAUUGAGCCCUUAUAUGAUACAUAGAACAUGUGAUUGUUGCAUCUUAUAAUAUUACCUAUUAACAAUGGAGAGCGUUCUCUCCUUAACAUUAAGCAAACGAGUAUUAAGGUAUCGUGUUGAUAAAAAUUAUUGUACGUAUGUGUAUGCGUGAAUGUGUGUGUGUGUGUGCGUGUGUGCGCGCGCACAUGUGCCGUAAGAUAUAUUUAGAUUGUAAAAGCGAUGAAACGCGUGUAAGAAAGACGCGAUUGUUCAACCUACAUGUGCGAGAUACGCGGGAGACCACCAUAUAGAUAUACAUGAUGUCCCAGAUUUAGUGUGACUCGGCGAUAGAUUUCUGAGUUCAUUUUGCGAUGAAGAUCUGAAUAUUGAAAUAAAUUUAAGAAUCUGCCAUUGACGGAUAUCACUAAAUCUGGAACACUAUAUAAUUGCGGAUUUAUAUAAGAUACCUUUAAAAGGACCUAUACAAGACACCUCUGAAAGGAAAAGAAACAUCGGUCCUAAAGCGUACCUCUUUUAAAUUUAACAUGCGAAAUCCGCGAAAGGAUGCACUCUCAAACUUGCAUGGUCUACUAGAUAAACGUAAGAAAGUCUUAUAUUAAUACUUAAUCGAUCCGACUCGAGAGAUAGAUUCUACUCGUGAGAUCGUCUUUGCGAUAUUUACUUUUAGAUACGCGUCGUCCCCGACGAUUUAUCGGGCUCGUCCUUAGAGCGAGAUUUUUAAACGCAUUUUUGAAUAUUCGAUUAAAAACUUAUAUACUCGUCUUUUACUGCGUUACAAGCGAUUUUUUUUAUAUGUGGCGUAUACGUAUUCGUCUAUCUGAAAGAUGUGUAGGAGAAAUUGGGCGUUAUUGUGUCGUAAAACGAUUCUGCCGAUUAUUGUGCCAAAACGUCUAUUAUACAGCGAUUACAUACAUCUUUUGUACGAUUAAAAAGGACUCGCUCCACUCUCGAUCGGAUCUCGUCCGCCGCGUCGUUUGCAAUCGCGUCACUCUCUUAAUUCGCUCGCGGACAGUACGAUUUCACGAUACUGUACAUAAUCGAGAAUCCAAUAAUCUCAUUCCAUAACGUUACUUACCAACUAGAGUUGCGUUACUCUCAUUUGUGUGUAUAUACGUAUUUAUGAAGCACACAUAUAGUAUAUAUACAUAUAUGUAAAACGAGAGGAGUAUCUGGUACGUGUGCGUGAUGUAGCGUGUGAUAUAUUCGCAUAUUUAAAUCUUCCCUGAUACACACAUUCCUGUAUGCAUUACACGAUACAUUUCUAUAUACAUAUGAAUGCGAAAAAAAAAAUUACGCAAGACGCACGUCGAAAUAUAUUGUGAAUAUUAAUAUUUCAAUUGCGCCCGCUCGAUCGAGCGAUUCAGCGAUGUUAACAUUUGCAAUUUAUUUUGUCGGACAGCUUGAUAGAAGCGCGACUCUAUCCGUUUACGAAUAAAAUAAAAACUCGUAACCACAUAUAUAAA